AUGCAGACUGCUUCUACAAACAUUUGUGAAAGACUGUGCAAUAAGCCCAUCUGUGACAUUUCCUUGCUACUAAAUAUUCCACAGUCAACUGUUAGUGGUAUUAUAACAAAGUGGAAGCAACUGGGAACAACAGCAACUCAGCCAUGAAGUGGUAGGCCACGUGACAGGGCAGGAUCAGUGCUGAAGCGCACAGUGCACAGAAGUCGCCAACUGUCUGCAGAGUCAAUAGCUAAAGACCUUCAAACUUCAGAUUUGCACAACAGUGCGUAGAGAGUGUCAUGGAAUGGGUUUCCAUGGCAGAGCAGCUGCAUCCAAG